GAGUUACGCUCAGCUGAUGGUUACGGGGUGGCUCCGCCUCUAGGAUAGAACAGGGGAGGGGCGCAGAGUCUCACGAGGCUCGGAGGGGUGGGCUCUUGUAAGUGUAUAUAACGGGCUAAGAGCAAGGGAUGGGGGAGUCCUCUGCAAUAAAGAUCUUACACCGCACUCGCGUCCUGUCUGGUCCUUGAGCCCAUCUUUUCCCCAGGGUGGGUCCGGAGACGUCCGAAGCCUAGCUCCCAGGAAGGAGAAGUACCUGAAGGAUCCGGCCCGGGUCAAGUGGCGCCCGAACAGGGACUUGAACUCCUCUUCGGCGACCCCGCCAGGUACGGAAUGGAGAAGGUCGCUGGGUUCCCGUCCGCUGGGUUAGAGAACUGGCGAAAGGAGCGGACGCAGAGAAGGAGGCGGAAGCGAGGACGCCGCGGACGUCAAUCCAGGAGGCUGAAGAAGGAGAAUAGGAAGCGGAUCUCCCACUGUGUUUUCUCUUUGGCCAUUCUUAGUCUUGGCCUUGGGUGGGGGUUGCCCGUCGGCGCCGAAGGGCGUUCGGCGAAACACCUGGUUGCACAGCUAAAUCACACUGCUAAGCCCUGGACUAACCUUAACCAGGAGCAUACCUAUUGGGCACUAGUACGACACUUCCCCCAACCACGUCCAGUUACUUGGAAUGGGGAUCCUGUUCCCCUAGUUGUGGUUUCCAAUGCUUCACUCCUCAUGGGCGGAGGGGUGGAACGGCCAGUUAUCUCCCAUGAACAAAAUAAGACCAUUAUUAUGAGGAGUCCCACACUACCCAUUUGCCUCAGCAAAGGUGCCCACGCCGGUUGUGCUCAGGUAGAAAAUGAUACCAUCACUGAGUUACCGCAUGGACCCCACGGUUGGAUAGGGAAAGGGGACCAUAUACAUUUUUAUGUCUUACAACAUCAGCGUAGCACGCUCUAUCAGAGACAUCAAAAUUACUCACUGUGGCUGAACCAUACCAACUCCGGGUUCAGUAACAUCAGCAGCCAUAGUUACACCCAAAAUGUCACUAGCGGGUUUUUUCUCUCCCCACUCCCUCUUUGCACCCCUUCCCCUAACAUGUUUGUAGGCUUCCAAAUCUGUUCUACAGGGCAUCAAGUAGAUGGCGAGAACGUGAACGGGACUCAACUCUACUUUCUGGAUGGACAACCGGGUCCUUGGCGGCCCCGGUACCCCAUGUGCAAAGCCCUCGAGGACCUAUAGCCCAUGCACAUCUGUGGAAAUUGGCUGCUGCCUUUGCACCUUUGAUCCAUUUCACGGAUAACAGUGCACCUCUAUCUGACAACAGCACUCUUCGGAACUGGUGGUGGGACUUGUUAUUUUCAGCAGGGCGUACUUGCAACAGCCAUGGUCAAUUAGGACACUGUAACGAUUUUAACGUGACCAUCCAGACGACUUCGGAUCGUGACAUGUUUUGGAUCUGUCGUAAUGGCACCAUCACUCCCUCCUCUGCAGAAUACGCUGUACACUGCUCCAACGGAUCGUUCUCCAAUACCUUACAAUCUACAGACGUAGCCUCCAACGCCACCAUGGUCCUCCUUCUUCGAGUGCCGCCUAUCACCUUUGUGCCAGUGUUAACUACACAACCUUUUGCGCAAUCGCCUAUAGAGAGAUUCCUAUUGCGCCGCUAUCGGAGAGAGGUGGGAGGUCUCGACCUCAUCAACCUUGCACUAAAUAUUGCUGAAGCAUUAGAUCUCGUUCUGGUGAACCAUCAACUGAGUCUUCUAGCACGGCAUUUGGAGGAGUUCAUGGAAGAAACCACCCAAGCGUGGACUGUGCAACAACGAUUAAUCGUCUCCUGUUAAACAAGGUUGAGCUCAUGGCUACAGUGUUAGCUGAUACUGUGCUGGAGGUGACUAUUGCCGAAAAGCUUUCCACUGUUGGAUGUUCUUAUGAGUUUCAACCGCCCAUGUGUGUCACUGCACUUCAUCCUAACUCUUCCAUUGACCCUUUGAUUAAGAACUUGACUGACUUUGAGCAAAUGGAAGAUUGCCUUGGUCAAUUGGACAUUGUUUUAGAGCAUAUUCGCAAUGUCACCCGCCAAACAAGGGAUAAUCUCUUCCCUGAUUCCCCUUUUGAUCAAUUUUUCAGCUGGUUACAUAACUUGGGGUUUUCGCAUUUCCUUCUUUGGCUCUUCUAUGGUGCGGGCUUCCUGAUCCUUGUCUGCUUUAUUGCCCCUUGCCUUUUCUCUUGUUGGCUCCGUGUGCUGCGGCACUCUCUUGAAAGCUUCAAAGCCGACAUCUCCCUCCCUAAGAAAAACCCUGUCCUUGUUUAAACAAAAAGGGGGAGUUGACAGGGGCGCCCUGGACCCUGGCUUCCUAGGAAGGGUCGUGGUAGACCCCCGGCCGUAGGUUGCUGAGUUACGCUCAGCUGAUGGUUACGGGGUGGCUCCGCCUCUAGGAUAGAACAGGGGAGGGGCGGAGUCUCACGAGGCUCGGAGGGGUGGGCUCUUGUAAGUGUAUAUAACGGGCUAAGAGCAAGGGAUCGGGGGAGUCCUCUGCAAUAAAGAUCUUACACCGCA